CGUCCAUCUACAGGAAUUGUAUGUAAAAUAAGGGUUAAGAUAUCCUGAUCAAGCUUCCGGAGUCACGGUGCUGCAAAUGGCGGACGUGAGAAGUACUUGAGAUAAUGAACGCCACGAAUAAUUGGCAGGAAUUCUAUUAGAGAUACACUGCCUUAUAAGUGCGCGGCUUGUUUUCGUGCCGCUGAGUGCGCACAUAAUAAUGGAGCGACCCACUUCUAGCAGAAGUUCACACAAAACAGCAUCGACUCGCACUCCCCCGCCAGUGCCUAAGAGAGCCGCAACUGAUAGUGGCAGAGUGCGCAGAUCAAUAUCGCACAAUCCUUCACCGGACAAGGCAGGGCUGUAUCCCACGUGGGACAAUGACGCAGGACCGCCACAACAGCACAGUCAAGGUUUAGCAUUCAAAGCAAACUGCUCCAACCCCGAUGUCAGCACGGGAAGUGCACCGGGCAUCCCUGCUAGACCCAAAAGACCAACGCAGCAGUCCCCUCUACUUAGAAUGGCUCUGCAGCCCACCAGUGAGGGCGAUGGUGAAGAUACCGAUACACCAGUCACAACCUCAGUCACGCGCGCGCAUACAUUUCAGGAUGUCUCGAGAGGUAUUGAAAACUUGGCAAAGCCAACCCAAUUCCUUGAGGAAAAGGUUAUUGGGAGCUCGAAUGCCUCGCUCAAACAACUGUCGGCAGCUGACACUACGCAUGUGGAACCUGUCAGUGACCUACGAAUGCUUCUUGGAAAAGGCAAUAUGCCGUCUCUACAAGAUGCACUGGCCAUAGUCACCAGUGGCACCGGGAUCGAGAUGAAAGUUCUCCAAGACAAGCAAAACUCCGUUAAGAGUCUCUUGCUCAAGAUCGACCGCCAAUUGCACGUGUUGAUGGUGUACAAGCGAGGUUCAGACAAGAUCAAAUACAUCACGCUAGAAAGUGUGCAUGAAAUUCGAAUUGCUCGAUUUGGAAGAUUUUGGCGGAAACUCAAAGAUAAUGCCAAUCCGGAGUUAGGAUUUCUCGUUAUCUUUGGGGAGAAGUACGAAGAAUUAGGUGUUCUAACAAAAAGCGUUGCCGAGCGGAAUGAGUGGAUCUGUGCUCUGCACGCACUGACGGAGGAUCGGCGCGGGUGUCGGGAAGGUGACACCAUCGUCAACAGCUACCACCUGUGGGUCAGGAGAGAGUGGCGCCAACGCUCCCGUGUGGACAAAAGCACAAAGUGUCGCAGCAUGGACGUGACAGACCUGUCGUCGUUGUGCAGUGCACUGAAUGUGAAGGUGUCGACUGCCGAGUGUGUGCAGCUGAUCUACCAAGCGACCGAUGGGGGCAAUAAGGUGACGUCGGUGGAGUCCUUCCAGCGGUUCAUGGACACAGUGCACCUGCGCAGUGGCGAGGCACAGGUGUUUGUGGACCGAUCACUGCGACGACAGACCCACAACGGCCCAGGAGUGUACUGGACCAUCGACCAAGUCACACGCUUCAUCACAACCGAUCAGAUGGACCAGGAGACCAACGGCGCCCGUAUCCAAGCCAUAUACGACCAAUACAAAGACGCCGAUGGGAUGUGGACCAUCGGCGGGUUUGUGCGAUAUCUACACAGCGCACAUAAUGACAUUCACUGCGCCACCGACUGUGAACCGUCGCAGGAUAUGGAGAGGCCAUUGUGCGAGUACUUCAUCAACAGCUCCCACAACACUUAUCUACUCGGUGACCAGUUGCGAUCGACGUCUAGUGUAGAGGCGUAUAUCCGAGUGCUGCUAAGUGGGUGUCGCUGUGUGGAGUUGGAUGUGUGGGAUGGUGCGGAUGGACUGCCAGUCAUUUACCAUGGCCACACUCUCACGUCCAAAAUGAGCUUUGAAGAGGCUGUGAGGGUCAUUCGCAACUACGCAUUCGAAGCGUCGUCAUACCCUUUGAUACUGUCCAUAGAGAACCACUGCUCGGUGGUUCAGCAGGGCUACAUGGCCAACCAUCUCAAGACGCAUCUGGGCGACAUGCUGUGUGUGCCACGGAUGAGCGACCGACACACAGACACUUUGCCUUCACCCAGGGAACUCAUGCACAAGAUUCUCAUCAAAAACAAGAAGAACCAAUCACACCCGUCCAAUGAGUCAUCGGACAAUGUCAGCGGAUCAAUUACCAGCGCAUUGGAUGAAGAAAUCGACCAGAAGGACUACGAUCAACAGUUGAUCCGACAUCUGCAGAAUGUCGAGGGCAUCUCUCAACUGAAUAUGAAAGACUACGAGAGCGAAGAAACAGCACAGACAGCCGACCAAAUCACCGUGGCCGUUGAACUGUCGCAGAUGGUCACCUACUGCCAACCUACCGACAUGAGAGCAAUCAAACACGCCAUACACCAGUUCAAG